CUGAGAUGAAGCUGGGCAGCGCCAUCCCCUGGGCCUUGCUGCUCAGUACAGCCACACUGGUUUCAACUGCACGGAUCAAUGGCCCUGAUGAAUGUGGGCGCGUCAUCAAGGACACAUCGGGAAGCAUCUCCAACACUGACAGGCAGAAGAAUCUGUGCACCUGGACCAUCCUGAUGAAACCUGAUCAGGUCCGAAUGGCAAUACCGUAUCUCAACCUCGCCUGCGGGAAGGAGUACGUGGAAGUCUUUGAUGGCUUGCUGUCGGGCCCUAGCUAUGGAAAGCUGUGUGCAGGUGCAGCGAUUGUCUUUUUGUCUACGUCCAAUACGAUGACUAUCAAGUACAACAGAAUUUCUGGCAACUCCUCGUCUCCAUUUCUAAUAUAUUUCUAUGGUAGUUCACCAGGAUCCGAAUAUUAGCCUCCUGCCUAAGAGUGGACAAGCAAGUGAAAACAACCUUCCUUAAAGACUCUUCUGGAAUCAACUGACCACGAGGAGAGACAUCUCCAGGUCACCUGUCUGAUCACACCUGCUCUCCCAUCCUGCUUUUCCUGCAGCAUCCUGUCUCUUCUAUGCAAAGGAAAUUUUCUUCUUCCUGAGCUUCUGAUUCUUGCCAGAUCAUUUCAUAUUGCUGUAAUCAUUUUGAAUAAAGCCUCUUUAUCUG